AUGGCCUCUAACGACCCCGGCCUCGCACAGCUGGGCGCAGAAGCGAACGAGCCCAUAAAAGGAGCAGUCCACGGAUCGUUCGACCUUGAAGGUGCCGAAUGUCCAGUUGCGCCCGAUCAAUUAGACGAACGCUUUGAGACCUCGCGCUGGGAAAUUUGGUCUUGGUACCUAUACUACGUUGGAGCUAACGGAUUGUCCUUGUUUAACUUCGGGCCGACUGCCUUCCAGAAUCUCCUAUACCAGCAAGCUGGAGAUAGCGAGAUCUUGCACUUCCUAGGGUCCGACCGCUCCAUCAACUCAAUUGUCCUGCUAAGCAAUGGCAUAUCCUUCGCCAUACAGGUUGUUCUGUUCUUGAUUUUGGGAUCCUACGCAGACUUUGGCACUCUUCGCUCCAAGAUUCUAAUCGGACUUUCGAUUGUUGCAUAUGCAAUUGGCUUUGGAUGGCUAGGGGUUCACGACCCAUCUCAGUGGCAAAUUGGAACCGGCCUCUACAUCGUAGGCCUCAUUGGAUAUCAACUCACCUUGUCUUUUUGGAGUGCUGCGUUUCCAGGACUGGCCAGAAACACGAGAGAAAUUCGAGAAAAGGCACGGGAUUGUGCAGAUGGUACUAUAACACGCGAACAGUACGAUCAUUUCGACAGCAUGAAGAGGAACGAGCUGAGCAAUGUCGCCUUCUACGUCCAAUCCUGUGGCGAAAUGAUCAUUCUGGCUAUAAUUGUUGGCAUCAUGUUCGCAAUGCGUGUAGACGAAAGCACCGCGAACAACAACUAUGGAUUAUCUGUCCUCAUUGCCUUCAGCAGUGGUGUAUGGCUGCUCCUCUCGGUUCCCUGGUUUUUCAUGGAAAAGAAACGACCUGGCAUGCAAGUGCAUGGGUCGAUCUUGGUUGCUGGUGUUUCACAACUUUGGUACGCCGUCACGCAGAUCUGGCAACUCCGACAAUCUUUCUGCUACCUCAUUGGAUACUUCUUGCUAGGAGACUCACUCAACACAAUCGUGACGGUGAUUGGCACUCUGCAGAAUGCUGUGGUGACUUACAACACUCUCGAGCUAACAUAUCUUCUUCUGGUCGGUAUUGCUGCUCAAGCGGUGGGAAUUGGUGCAUUUUGGUAUGUACAAAAGCGCUAUGGGCUAUCUACAAAGACAAUGUUCAAUGUUGUUGCCAUUGGUAUAAUUUGCCUAGCGGCUUGGGGUAUCAUAGGCAUUUUCUCACAGGUCAAAAUUGAGUUUUGGUUCUACCAGGUUUUCUACGGCCUCUUUGUGUGCCCUUGGUACUCAUACUCAUUAGUCAUGAUUAGCGAGGUCUGCCCAAGAGGGAAAGAAUACCUGUUCUUCAGUCUGUUCUCAAUGGUCGGAAAGACAUCAGCCUUUAUUGGUCCUCUUGUCUCGUCAGCGAUUAUUGAUGCGAGCCCUUCGCACAAUAACAGCACGCCCUUCUAUUUUUUGCUUGCCCUCAGUUUGGUCAGCUUUUUAUUCAUUUUCUUCUUCGUCGAUCUGAGCAAGAGUCAAGUUGAGCAAGCCGAGUUCUUGCGCAAGGAGAAAGAGUCUCGCGGUAAGGCUACAUAG